UAACAAAAUCCGAAUGUCGCACGUAUAUAUGAAAGGCGGUCUCUCAUAAUCCACAACAAAAUCUCCAUGUCUUUUCCGUCUUUACACCUCCCAAUCCUCAUCUCUACUCUCCCUAGCUAUAUAUAUAUGUACACACGUAUAGAGAGAAACGCGAUUUGCGUGUGCAGAUUAGAGAAAAAAAAGGGAUGCCUAGCGAGCACGCGAGGAAGUGCGGCCACAAGGCUCACAACUCGAGAGCUUGCGGCGGCAAUUCCUGUGGCGGCGGCGCCUUCAAGCUGUUCGGCGUUCAGAUCGACGUCGCCGGCGGCGGAUCGACCAUAAGGAAAAGUAAGAGUCUCGGAAAUCUGGAGGCAUGCAGCCUCGAUAACCCCGCCGCCGGUGACCUGUCUGGUAACUUGUCCGAUGGCUAUGUUCAUCAGUCGGCCAGAUCGCUCGAGAGGAAAAAAGGUAGGCCAUGGUCCGAGGAGGAGCACAGAUUAUUCUUGGUUGGUUUGGAGAAACUCGGUAAAGGUGACUGGAAAGGAAUAGCUACUAACUAUGUGCCCACGAGGAACUCAUCACAAGUGGCCAGCCAUGCACAAAAGUAUUUCAUCCGACUGUCGGCCACCGAGAAGAGGAGACGCCGCCAGAGUGUUUUCGACAUUCCUCUUACUGAUGCAAACCAACCAUCUCAAGGCACUCCUGGUUCACAACCUGAUAAGGCAGCCAAAAGUUCAGAGCCUGUUACUACUAGCUGGGCAGGGGCUGCCUCCACAAACAACACCAGUGAGUCGAAAGGAUUGGCUAGCACCAAUAUUCCUCCUGGUAAAACUUCUGAGAGGCCCCCUCUUUCGCCAAUGAAUAGGCGUGGGAAUCCUGACUUGCGUGGUAUGGUAUACGCGCCAAGAGUUUCGGGCUUAGGCCAAGGCUUAUCAUCAGCUCAAGCAUUUCAGCCGACCGUUGCAUGGGUCCCAUUCGUGACUUUCUCAAACCAGAAUAGUGUUAUUCUACCCAAUAUUCAUGGGGCUUUGGUGCCAAAUUGUGGGAAGUUUGUGGGGCAGCCGUCUAUUGGUAAGUUCCCUCAGUCGACACAAAUGGGAACAACUCAGGCGGGAGUUGUACCGCCUGCAGCUAAUGACGAGCUGAACCUGAAUAUUAGGAAAUUAACAUUAUAAUAUAUGAAUAUACAUACUUCUCCUUGUGGAAGAACAAAUGAAAGAAGUUUUUUAUGGCGUCUUGUAAUAACCCCAUUAUUUCUUCCUUGUCCUUAGUUGAUUCGUGUUACAUAGAUAUUUUUUUGUGAAGCUUCAUGCUUCAGGUUUUUGCUUUGGUUGCUACUGAUACAUGCGCAAUGUUCUAUCUCUAUCAUUCUUUGUUCAAGAAAUAUGAUAGAUCAAUCUGUUUAAUCAUUUCUUUAUGUAAUCCAUUAUGAUAGGAGGUAGCAUUUCUUUAUGUCAUCCAUUAUAUUUGUGUGAGAAGAUCUCGCAUUUCGAAUUUCAAUCUAUGUUUG